AUGGAUACACCACAGGAGCACGAGACCAGCAAGCCUACACAAGUAAUGUGGUACAUCAAGCUAAAAGCUUCAGUCCGAUAUAAGUGGGUCAGCAAAGUGCUUGACGAUACAGAAAUCUAUCGUUGUUUUCUGGUGGAAUGCCUACGGCGUGCCAUAGAGGGAGAAGGGAAGCGUACAAAGGAACCUACAGACCACAGCCCUGGAAUCUAUUCCAUUCAGAUCGGCGAGGCUUACCCGGACGAGCCACCAAAUAAAGAGGAAGCCGACCAAAAGUUGGUUGAUGGUAUUCAAGCAAGACUUGAUACGUUCUACAGGAAGAACCCACACAUGAAAAGGAGGACAGUGAAAUGGUAUGUUGAGGCUAAGACAGAGAAUUCGCCCUGGACAGAAUGGAAGGGGAAGAUAAGACUCAACUCACCCGAGUGUUUUUGGUUCCUAGAGAAUUGCCUACGGAUUACGAAGCGUGGGGAAGUUAGGGUGACUACUGAUGACAAUUCAUCGAAAGACGAUACGUACAGUUUGCUGCUGGGCAAGUUUUGCGAACAUCAGUUCCCAGAGCAUAAGCAAGCUAGCUUAAGGUUGGAACAUGAGAUAUACGAUGCUAUUGCUAAGCAUAACAACAAUGGUUGGAGGCAUGUCCCUCCUGCCUUAGGGUUCCGGUGA